AUGAUGUUAGCAGAACUCGAUUUCUUCAAAACCUGCCUCCAUACAAUCACCGUUAUUGCUUUCCCACUACACGUGCUCGGCUGUUACUGUAUUUUAUUCAAGACCCCAAAUACACCGAGUUCCGUGAAAUGGCCACUAUUCAAUCUUCACUUUUGGUCUAUGCUGUUUGAUUGGUCGAUCACUAUUCUGACAGUUCCCGUAUUAUUGUUUCCAGCGUUGGCUGGAUGCCCAGCGGGUGUUCUCACCAUAUUGUUUAAUGUUCCUGCUGUUGUACAAACUUAUUCGGUGUUGACCAUGUGUAUCGGUGAGUCAGUGUGA